AUUUUCGGUUAGAGCAGAUGAAAGGUUUUUUUUUUAACUCGUUGAGCCCUUUCACUCAUGUACAUUUCUGAUUAAAUAGCUUGAAGCUGUUUUCUCAUAUGACACUCCAUCAGGAGUUAUUCACAGGCCAAGCCCCCACGAAUCUCGCGAUCUGCAAAUGCCACGGAAUCUAUAUUAUGGGAUAAUCCGCAAGCGAAACCGUCCUUCUACACUUCCUGAUGAAGUGGCCGUUGAUUAGUUAAGGAGGGUCGAUCUUGGUUGUAUUGUCUGUCCUAAGUCACUGGUUGCUAUCGAUGAGGUGUGGUUCCUGUUGCGAAGCUUUAAAUGUCUGCAGGUCACUUGUGCGCUUUACUUAUUUCGUCGUUUAUCCCAGUGGAGAGUCUGCGGGUGAAUGGAAUAAUUGUCAUGUGACGCUGGAGUCAAAAACAACGUCUAAAGUUAAAAUCGCGAUGUCUUGGCGGAUGAUUUAAAACGGUGUUAAAUGCUUCUGAAUUUCACUUAAAAGGGGGGCUCUGGUGGAGGUAUUGACCUCUUAUCGUUAUACUUUUGUUUAACUUUGUUACACUAACCACAAUAUUACAAAGGCAAAUCAAUGUUGUUAUAAAGCGGAGUUUGUGUCCCUAUCUGUUAGCUAAGCAGACCCAGAGAGGAGACUAUAAACUUUGCACUAUAAAUCUGUAAAGGAAAUGUGAAAAGUGGUGUAACAUGCUUCCCAACAACUUUUAGUAGUUAAGAAAAUAAACCCCUGAUAUUCACUUUUUAUAAUCAACAAGUAUUUAUCUAACUCUAACUAACAAGUGAACAAACUGAAUAAACACAAACAUUUUGAAAGACUUGAGUUUUAAUUCUAUUGUGAUCAAUUUUUGUCAGCUUGAUUAUUUGCCCAAGUUAGCGAUGUCAAGUGCUUCUGUUAUUAAUGCUGUAAAGUUCUCGAUACUGCUAUAAGGUUUUAGCAGCAGCACUAUUUUAUUGAGAAUGAUAAAUUGAUGUUUCUUAAGCACUUCCUCAUGUGGCAUUGUUACUAUCAGCUCAUGGUCUCUAUACAGUACAUGGGAGCAUUAUGAAUUGGCAAGGAAAGUAUGAUUUGGCAUAGAAGGUAUAAGAGCCAUGGGAAUGAGUGAGGUCACGAGUUGGCAUGAACAUGACAUGGGGAUUGAGUGUGGAGCACUGAGGGAUCAAGAGCGCGAAUAAUUGGGACAAAUGCCAGAGAACAGACGUAGACCUUUUUAAAUAGCUCACCUCAGCACCUGGCUACUCCUGUCUGAUUCAGUUAUUUUCAGAGAAGUGGGCCAAACUCCAGCAUGUGUGCACACUCCCUCGUUCACUCGCUUGAUCUGAUGUGGCAUUUUCUGUUGAGUCCAGAAAUUUCCAAUGUGAGCGCGCGCGCGCCCCCCCCCCCACUUUAUGCUAUAGUAAAAGCAAAAUAGUACAGAUGCUAGAAAUCUUGUUGGGGAGAAAAUGUUGAAGAAAUUCAAUGGAUUUGGCUGCAUCUGUGGGGGAGAGAGAGAGAGUUAAGAGGAGCCAUGUCGGACUUGAAAUAUUAAUGUUGUUCUCUCUCCACAGGUGCACCAGACCUCCUGAUUAGAAUUACCUGUUUUGGUAGUGACAAUCUGACCCAAAUUUAUUUGUAAAGGUAGCAGGAUAACUUGAGUGUAAUUAAAAAAUUAUGCAGGCAAUUAUUAGUUGGAUCGAUAGUUUGUAUGAUCAGGUCCCAAAUUGAUAUUGAUACUUAGUCUCCAAUGGCAUACGCCAUUGUACUGAAUGGCAAUGAACUGUAUAAUUAUUUUUUCCCUGAAGAAAUAGAAUGAAGAUCACAACUGUCUAUUUUGGGUAAUUCACGUUGAUUGGCAUUGUUCAAGGAAGGAUAGGAGAUUUUUCUGGUGUCCUGUCCAAUGUUCCUUCUACAAGUAAUCACACAAAAAAAGACUUAGCAACCUCAUUGCUAUUUUAGCAUGUUCCUAGUCCAGAAUGAUUUAGUUAGAUUACAUUUCAAUGUAACUUGUUGCAUAAUGUAUUGAUAUUUCAGUGCAUUAGGGAAAUAUAUGAAAUGAAAUAUUUAUUAUUAAUGGAUUUCUUUUUGAAGUACUCUAAAUAAUAUGCUAAGAUUUAUUUAAGCAUAAAUGCUGCCAUUGAAAGUAAUGGCUUUUAUUUGUUCUUGUAAAGUGAAUUGCAGCGUCAAGCUAAUAUUUCCUGUUUACAAUUGCAAUUCGUUCUACAUGAGUGGCUUGCUUGGUCAUUUCAGGGGCAAUUGAUACAUUUGUUUUGAAUUUUGUCGGCCAGACAGAGUAUAGUGGCAACAUGUCAGCCAGUUGAAUAAAGUUUUGUCAUUAUGUGGGUAAUUUUAUGUGUAAAAAUUGAUGGCCAUUGUGGAUUUGUAUUCAGUUGUCUUGUGUUGAAAACUGCUGUCUGAACCCAGCCAGUUUUGCUUAUGCUGAGUGUAAUCAUAACUAUGUUCUUGUUGGAUGUGUCCACAGCACACAGCCAUUAUGUGCCAAAAAGUGAAACUCAUUUGAAGGCCAUGAAAGUGACAACUGAGAAACUGAAUAGUUAUACAAAGGGACCUAUUUGGUUUAGACUUUCGCAAAGCUUGUCUUUACGUUCUUGAUUAUGUUCAGAAUAAAUGUCCUCCAGCAAUGAAAAAUUUUAUUCUGAAUUGCAGGCACCCUUUUCUGUUUGAGGGUUUGAGCUACCCAAGGCUCAGAGUUUAACGUAACUUCUCAGCUUUUGAAUUUGUUCUUCUAAAAAUGAGGAUUUUUUUUGCACCUUUGGAACUUUGACCUCUACUGUUGCUUGUUUAAGUUUCUAUAUGCUUAAAAUGAUUUGAAGUCUUGCUUUCAAAGCAAUAGGUCACUGUCUUAUAUCUCUAAGUAAAAUGAACAACUUAAUGUUUAUCGUCAUCCAGUUGGUACAUUUAUUUUUUUAAAAAGUCAUACACAGUUGCAAUCUUUGUCAUUUUACAUUUGGUACCUUUUUAUUAUAAAUAUAAUCCAAAUGGUCUACAGAUGGGUUUAAUUGAUAACUGGGUGUCUUAUUUAAAGCAUAUUCUCACUGGUCCUGAUUCCCAGUGGAAAAACCUGUCCAUAAUUCAAAAUAAAAAAAUGUUUAAAUUCAUUCCAUUAGAAUGGUUCUUGUGGAUAAUGACUGGGAAAAACGAGAACAAUUUUUUUUUGUAAUCGGGACAUGUAGAAAAGGUGACAUUAGUAAGACUGCAUUUUUUUUAUCCAAUUCAAAACUGAGUUUUGCAGUUUUUUUUUCAGAGGUCAUUAGUAGUCAACAACAUACGGAAGUAAAUUGUUAGACAGCAUUAAAGCAUUUUGUUUACUCGUGUUGGCUCGCAGAUAUAAGCACAUAUUAAUGAAUUCAGUUUCGCAUCUUUGUGGUCUGACUUGAAUUCAUGACGCAACUUCCUGUUCCAAUACAUAAUUGCACUACUUAGGAGUGAGGUGAACAGUAUAGGUAGAGGAGCAUUGCCUUGCAUUAACUGGAUCCAUGUAUGACUGGGGAGUAAAUAAGUUUCAGUAAGGGAAAAGAGAUGUAAUUAUCCAGUCUACAUAUUUAUGUUGGGUUUGAGGCAGUGGAUUAGUGUUUCGUUAAGUUCAGGUAGUUAGGUAGAAUGUGUCAUAGUUAACAAAUGCUCAGAAGUACUGUACUCCCCGCCAAAUGUGGAAAGAGUGAGCAACUCGUUUGUUUUACUCAUUCCAAAAAAAAAUGAGGAGUAUGUGGAUUUUUUUCUUGCAAAGAUCAAGAUCAUCCAAUCAGCUACCUACACUGUUACCUCCCACUCUGGUUCGAGGUUUGUGCAAGGUUCGUAUCUCUCCCACUUUCCCUCAAAUUCUUGUGUAGCACUUGUUCUCGAUCCUGUUCUUGGGAAACUUCUGACUACGUAGCAGCUAAAAUGGGACCCAAGAAGGCAAGUUUAUUAAUAGUUCUGUCUCCUCAAUACAGUAUUGUUCCCUUCGCCUUCAAAUUGGCAGUCAUUACCCUCUCCAUUUUUUAAAAAACCCUUAAUCACUCCAUCUUUGCAAGGUAACCAAGCUUUAACCUGGUUUUCUUUAGUUGUCCCAAGUCUGUGCCCGUGUUUUUGCAAAACCUGAUGUCAAAAUUUCUCUACUUGGAUUUCUGUCUCUGUCGCUGAACUGAAAUAACUCCCAUCAAAAGCACAUUCUACAUCAUUUUCACUAAGUCCAGACGUGACUAUUCCAAUGCAUUCAUGGCCAGCUUCCCACUUUCUACCCUCCAUAAGCUUGAGAUCAUCCAAAACUCUGCUGCUGUGUUCCAACUGUAAACAAAUUGCACUGCCAUCUUCUUUGGGUUUGCUGACUUACACUGGCUCUUGGUUUCUAGAUGCUGUGCUAUGAAAAUCAAGCCUAUGGAGCUUCUCUUGUGAUCAAAUGGAGGGUGACGUGGGAUUCCUUAAUAGGCAAAAGUACAAGCAACAGUGGGAGCUGCUGGAGAAUAGUUCAUUACCGGAACCGUCCUGUCAGCUGUCUGCCAACGAAUUUUCCUGCCAUUGCUGUUACGAAAUAUUAGUAAACCCAACCACUCUAAACUGUGGACAUAGUUUCUGUCGACAUUGUUUGGCACUAUGGUGGGACGCUUCCAGGAAAACAGAAUGUCCAGAAUGCAGAGAAAAAUGGGAAGGAUUUCCUAAAGUUAACAUUGUCUUAAGGGAUGCUGUUGAGAAAUUGUUCCCUAAUGAUGUUAAACGACGACAAAAGGAGAUGCAGAACAACAUAAAAAUCUCAAGUAGCAUUUUGGCUUUCCAGAAAUAUGGUAAUGAACAAUCAAAAGCUAUCAACAACUCGGGGCAAUGGCGACAAGGAGGUGGCUUUUUCUCAGGAGUACUAACUUCUCUAACUUGUGUGGCAGUGGUGUUUCUAGUUUAUCUCUGGAGCAGAGAAACUGAACAAGAUCUUUUAGUACACAAACCUGUGACUAAAUGGACUGCAAAGGAAGUGACUCUCUGGUUAGAGCAGUUGGGCCAAUGGGCUACUGUUUACAAGGAAAGGUUUUUACAGGAAGAAGUUAAUGGAAGGCUAUUAUUGACCCUAGGUGAAGAAGAGUUUUCAAAGCCUCCUUUCAACAUUGAGAGAGAGCUUCAUAGAAAAGCCAUACUGAUGGAAUUGGACAAUGUGAAAGCCCUUGGAGUGAAACCCCCUCAGAAUUUAUGGGAAUACAAGGCAAUGCAUGUAGGCAAGUCACUGUUUCUGCUGUAUGCACUGAAGAGCUCGCCACGGUUGACCAUGCUGUAUCUCUACCUGUUUGAUUACUCGGAAAUAUUUCUGCCACUUAUUCACACCAUUUCCCCUGAGAAAACCGCGACAACUGAGGAUGCAGAUAUUUUUCGCAAAUACUGGUCUGAAGAUAUCAGUUUGAAGCAAUGGGUUGAGUUCCUUGUGAAAUACUCCCUAAUUCCAUAUCAGUUAAUUGCUGAAUUUGCCUGGGAUUGGUUGGAUAUGCACUACUGGACGUCACGUUUUAUAAUUGUGAACGCAGUGCUUCUAUCAGUCCUGGAAGGUUUUGCAUUCUGGAGACUUUGGAUGAGAGGAGGAUUCAGGGCUAUUCCUCAGAAAAUGUGGAGUCACUUCUGGAAGGUAUCAAGCCAAGGAAUCCUUGUUGCUAUUUUAUGGCCAAUAAUUCCUCAAUUUGUUUGUGACUGUUUAUUUUACUGGGCUUUGUACUUCAAUCCAAUCAUAAAUAUUGACCUGCUAGUCAAGGAAAUCCGACGUUUAGAAACUGAAGUCCCAUGAGCUUGUGACUGGAAUGGUGCCUCAGAGCAGCUUGUAUUAAAAAAAACUAUUAAUGGUGUACAUCUUUGUAAAUACACAUUCAUGGUGUCUAGGUACUGUAUUUGCAUACAGAUUGAAGCACAUAUUCAGAAAUUGUAUAAUUCAGGUUUAAAGAACUGAAAUUUUAAAUCUAUUUCUAUUUCGACUGCAGAAUGCAAUCUAUUAUGACUGUGUGGACUGAUUUCUCAUUGUCAGAAUAUUAUUCAGUAAAAAUUACUGCAAGCAACUGAUUUUCCUUCCAGUUAUAACUUUUUUAAAUUUCUCCCUUGCCUGAACGUGUUUCCUCCUUCCAAACUUCACCCAGGAGAACCUUUUGCUUUUCCAUCUGGGGGAGGUCAUCUUAUAUAAUUCACUAAUACUUGCAGUUCUGCAAACUGUGUACACAAGUCACCUUUAGCCCUUGACACACAAGGAAACAAAGUACAUCAUGUAUCAUAAUGUAAAUUGUGGAGAGAAGACAAAGUUUCAACUCUUGUAUUAAACAUCUGUCUUAUAAUUUAUUUAACUGAAAUUUUGAAGUUGAAUAUGAAAUCUAAAUUUUUGUAAUCAAUUUGCUGAAUACUCUAUUUUUGCAUUUCUUUUAUGGUUAAUCAUACUGGAAUACUACAUUGUUCAAGUGGUAAAGCUGGUUGAAUGUGAAUGCUAACCCACAAUCUUGUUUUGUAUCAUUGAAAUGAUCAAUUUCAGAAAAGUAAUUUAGUUUUUUUUUAAAUUCGUCAAUUUGACUUUUUACGUAAGAUUAAAAUUGUUGCUUGUCACUUGCAUCUGUCUCAUUAAAAAGGAAAUGCGCAGCAUGUCUAGUAUUUCAAAAGGUUUGUUUGAUGUUUCAAAGACUGUUAGGGGUUUUAUUUUUAUUUCCAACAUUUUCUGUUUUAUGUUCAAGUAUUUAAACCUUUUUUAUAGGUGAAAUGUACCAAAUCAUAAAAUCUCAUGGUAGAAGAGGAGGCUAUAAUUCUACACUAGUCCACUUUCCAGCAUUUGGACCAUUCCCUUGGAUGAGCAUAACAUUCAAGUACUUUUAAAGGCUGUGGGCUUCCUGGCUCCCUUUCCACUAUCGUCCCACACUGUGUCUUCUAGAUUCCCACUGUCCUCUGGGGCUGAAAAUGUUUCCAAGAAUAACCUCUAAACCUCCUGCCUUUCACCUUUCAAAAUUUUACCCCUUUGUUAUUGACCCUUCAAUUAAGGUGGUUAGCUGAUUUCUGUCCACCCUGUCCAUGUUCCUAUACAUCUCAAUCCUAUACCUCUCAACUCUGAAGAAAACAACCUAAGCUUAUUCAACUUUUAGUUCGUAGCUAAAAUAAUCCACACUAGGUGACGUCUUGGUGAGUCUCUUUUAACAAUUCUGCCAGUGCAGUCACAGCCUUCCCAUAACGUGGUGACUAGAACUGCACGUGAUACUCCAGCUGUGCCCUAACCAGAGUAUUGUAUAUAACCUGCCUGCUUUUAUAAUCCACUGAUGAGAGGCAUACAGGACGCUUACCUUUGACUAACAUAUUUACCUGUCUGACUGCCUUUUAGUGAUCUGUGGAUAAACACUCCAAGAUUCCUAUUAAAUUGCAUCUGCCACUGAUUUGUCCAUCUGAUCAAUCCAUUGAUACCAUCUUGUAACUGAAGACCUCCUUCUUCACUGUCAAUCAUGUCCUAAAGGAUGGCCUUAGUGUGUCUGGAGUCACAUUUAUGUGGUUGAUUUGUAAUUGCCCUCUGAGUAAUUAGGGAUGGGCAAUAAAUGUUGGUCAGGCUAGCAAUGUUGUCAUCCUGUGAUCAGGUGUUUGUUUGAAUUCAAACAAUCUGUCAUCCAUAAACUUAUCUGCGCGUACGCUUGCCCUCUCGUAUGUUUUUGCUCUCUUCGUCGCCCUCUUCCCCUGCGGGCUCAGAUACUUCUCUAUCAUUAGGUAUAGUACAUAUUGGAAUGUAGCAGUGAUCCCAGUAGUAUGCUACUGUACACUUGACUGAUCACUGGUAAACUUCUAACACUGCCAUCCGUCUCCUACCACUAAAGCCAGUUUUGGAUCUAGGUGACUCUGGAUCCCAUGUGCUUUUAUUUUCCAGUCUCUCAUAUGGAAAAGGCUUUGCUGACAUCCAUAUAAACUACAUCAACUGCACUGUCCUCCUCCACAGUUUUCUUAUCUUCCCCCUGACAAAGCUAUGCUGACUAUCCCUGAUCAAACAUUACCUCUUCAUGUGGAAAUAAAUAACUUCUCUCCGUCAGAAUUUUCUCCAAUGGUUUCCCUUCUAGUGAUGUGAGACUCAUUUAGUCUGUCAUUCCUUGAUUUAUCACUACUGCCUUUCUUGGAAAGUGGAUCCACGUUAACUGCUCCAACCCUCUGGCAGCUCCCUUGGGGCCAGGAGGAUUUAAAGUUAAAGUAGGGGUUAAAGCUUCUGUCAUUUCCUUCCACUUCAGCCUGGGCUGCAACUCAUUUUAGACCUGGGAUUUGUCGACUUUUAAGCCUGCUAAAAUCUCUAACUCUUCACUUCCAAAGGCAAUGUGCUCAAAGUCCUCUCAGCCCCUCUCCCUGAAUUCUGUACCUGCAUCGUCUUCGUUCAGCAAUUGUGUUGCUUCUGUAAAACCUUUCAGACUUUUUUCAGGGUGUGGGCACGGUUAGCUGGACCAGCAUUUACUGUCCAUUAGAUUGAUCUGACAGGAUUUCCCCUUAAAUUGUAAAAAGAUAUUUCUUGUGUUAAGGGAAUGUAGAAAACUCUAAACAUUUUUCAAUAAGUGUGAAGCCAUCAUGUGGGAUCUAAAUAUAGAACCAGAUACUUUCUAUGUAAUGGAAAAGUAGAUCACGUACUUGGUAAAUAUGGACAGGUAUAGGAAGUAAUUCAAAAGUAAAUGGAAUGAUGGGCUUUAUAUUAACAGAAUUAGAUUAUGACUGAAAGAAGGGUAUAGUGAACAAGGAGAUAAGUGGAGUUAAGACCACAACAUGAUCUGCUAUGACUUUAUGAUGCGGCAGAGCAGUUUCAAGAGGCUGAUGGCCCAACUUCAUAAGUUCGCAUGAUAUACUACAACUAUACAAAGCCGUGAUUAAUCCAUACCUCCUGUCACUUAAAGCUGGCAGACAGUAUUCUCAUCUCUGACUCGGAUACUAUGGGUUGAAGUCUGACUCCAAAGUCUGAGGCUCAAACUCCUGCCUGCUUUCUCAGAAAGACAUGAACAAUCCCACUGCACUAUUUAAGUAAAAAGAGGGGCAAUGGCCAAUACUGAUCCCUCAGAAAACAUCACUGAAAUGAAUGAUGUGGUUGGAGAGUCUCGCAUUAGAGGAUGUAAUCCAAAUGUUAGAAGCAGAUGGAGGUACUGAAAUUAGGUCUAUACCCAGGUAGUGGAAGUUUGGAACUUCUUUCUGAACAGCAGUUGAUUGUUAAUUUUAAGUUUGAGUUUUGUAGAAUCCUAUAGUGCAGAAAGGCUGUUCUGUCAAUCAAGUCUGCACUGACCCUCUGAGGAGCACCCCACCCAGAUUCAGCCCUGUGCUAUCCUGACAACCCCACAUUUACCAUGGUUCACCUACCUAGCCUACAUGUAGAGUCAUGCAGAUGUACAGCACAGAAACAGACUCUUUGGUCCAACUUGUCCAUGCUGACCAGAUAUGCUAAAUAAAUCUAGUCUCGUUUGCCAGCAUUUGGCCCACAUCUCUCUAAACCCUUCCUACUUAUAUACCCAUCCAAAUGCCUUUUGAAUAUAAUUGUACCAGCUUUCACUACUUCAUCUGGCAGCUCAUUCCAUAUUUGCGCCACAAUCUGCAUGGUCCCCCUUAGGUCCUUUUUAAAUCCCCUCUCUCCUUAAACCUACACCCAUUAGGUUCUUGCAAAGAUUUGUAGCUUGUGUUGUGGGUAAUGUUGUUGACUUGCUCGCCAAGCUGGCUAGUUAUAGUUCAGACGUUAUGUAACCAUGUGAGGUAACAUCAUCAGUGUAGCCUCCAAUGAAGCGAUGUUGUUAUACUCUGCUUAGUAUUUAUAUGAUGUGGUCUGUUGAGAUGUCUUGUGUCUUUUAUAGUUCUUUUUGGCAAGGGUUUGUACAAGGGGUCUAAUUCCGCAUGUCUGUUGAUUGCAUAAUGGGUGGAGAACCAGGCCUCUAGGAAUUCCCAUGCGUAUUCAUGGUUGGCUUGAGCUAGGAUGGUCACGUCGUUCCGGUUAAAUCGAUGGCCUUCAUUGUCCAAGUGCACUGAAGUGAAGAAAAGUUCAUUGUGUCGUUUGCUACAAGUGUUCAUAUAUCCUGAUGGCUAGUUUCCUUCCUUUCUGGCUGAUGUAAUGUUUUUGGCAGUCCUUGCACUGUAUUUUUCUACACUGUGUUGGUUCUGAAUGUCAUGGGUAUAGGGUUUUUGGUCCUUGUGAGUGUUUGUCAUAGUGUGGCAGUGGAUUUAUGUGCUAUCCCGAUUCCUCGUGGUUGUAGGAGUCUUCUUGUCAGUUCUAAUAUGUUCUCGACAUACGGUAGUGUGGCUGGUGUAUUAGGGUAUAUUGUGUCCUCUUGGUGUUGUCUAUCUAGUAGGCACCUGCGGAUGAAGUUGGUGGGGUAUCCAUUGAUAGCAAAAACCUUGUAUAGGUGCUCUACCUCCUUGCGAAGUUCAGGUGUGUUGCAGUAGGUUGCAGCCCAUUUGAAUAGUGACCUAACACAGCUUUUUUUGUGGACGUUGGGGUGACGUCACUGUGGGUUGCCUUCCUGUUUACUGUGGUUUGGAAUUCUUCAUUCGUCAUUCGUUCUACCCUGACAUCUAAUUGUAGCUCGUGUUGUGGUUGAGGUUGUUGACUUGCUCACCAUGUUGUCUGUUUAUAGACUAGACUCGUAAGUUGGCUGAUGACACAAAGGUUGAUGAAGCUGUGGAUAGUGUGGAGGGCUGUUGUAGGUUGCAACAGGACAUUGACAAGGUUGCAGAGCUGGGCAAAGAAGUGGCAGAUGAAAUUCAACCUGGAAAAUUGUGAAGUGAUUCACUUUGGAAGGUUGAAUUUGAAUGCAGAAUACAGGGUUGAUGGCAGGGUUCUUAGCAGUGUGGAGGAAUAUAGGGAUCGUGGGGUCUACGUCCAUAGAUCCCUCAAAGUUACCACCCAAGUUGAAAGAGUUGUUAAGAAGGCAUAUGGCGUGUUGGCUUUCAUUGGCAGGGGAAUUGACUUUUAGAGCUGUGAGCUAAUGCUGCAGCUCUAUAAAACCUUGGUUAGAUCACACUUGGAAUAUUGUGUUCAGUUCUGGUCACCUCAUUAUAGAAAGGAUGUGGAAGCAUUAGAGAGAGUGUAGAGGAGAUUUACCAGGAUGCUGCCUGGAAUGGAGAGCAGGUCUUACGAGGAGAGGUUAAGGGAGCUAGGGCUUUUCUCUUUGGAGUGAGAAGGAUGAGAGGUGACUUGAUAAAUGUUUACAAGGUGAUGAGGCAUAGAUUGGAUAGCCAGAGACUUGUUUCCAGGCCAGUAAUGACUGUUACAAGGGGGCAUAAUUUUGGAGGAAGGUAUAGGGGAUAUGUCAGAGAUAGGUUCUUAACGCAGAGUGGUGGGUGCAUGGAAUGCCCUGUCGGCGAUGGUAGUGGGGUCAAAUAGAUACAUUAGGGACGUUUAAGCGACUCUUGGAUCGGCACAUGGAAGAUAGCAAAAUGUAGGGUAUGCAGGGUAGUUUUAUCUGUGUUUGAUAAUAGGUCGACACAAUAUCAUGGGCUGAUGGCCCUGUACUGUUACAUUCAACAAACUAUGAACCCGCACUCCAAGGUCUCUUCAUUCAGUAACACUCCCCAAGAUGUUAUCAUUAAGUGUAUAAAUCCUGCACUGAUUUACAUUCCCAAAAUGCAGCACUGCACAUUUAUCUAAACUCCACCUGCCACCCAUUGGCCCAUGGUCAAGAUUCCAUCAUGCUCUGAGGAGGUUACCUUCUUCCCUGUCCUCUAUGCCUCCAAUUUUAGUGUCAUCUACACAUUUACUAACCAUAACUCCUAUGUUCACAUCUGAAUCAUUUAUAUAAAUGAUUGAAAGCAGUGGAUCCAACGCCAAGCCAUGUGGCAUGUCACUGGUCACAGGGCUCAAAUCUGAAAAUCAAACCUCCACUUACCACCAUCUGUGUUCUACCUUUGAGCCAGUUCUGUAUCCAGAUGGCUCGUUCUGCUUGUAUUCCAUGUGAUCUAACCUUGCUAACCACUCAAACAUGAGGAACCCUCUCGAAUGCCCUAUUGAAGUCCUUGAACCACUUUGCCUUCAUCAAUCGUUUUCAUGACUUCUUCAAAAAAACUCAAUCAAGUUAGUGAGACAUGAUUUCCCACAGCCAUGUUGACUAUCCCUAAUCAGUCGUUGCCUUUCCACAUACAUGUAAAUCCUCUCCCUCAGGAUUUCCUCCAACAACUGGCUCACCACCAAUGUCAGGCUCACCAGUCUAUUGUUCCCUGGUUUUUCCUUACCAUCUUUCCUAAAUAGUAGCACCAAGUGUUUUGGCAUCUCACCUGUGGCUAUUGAUGAUUGGCUGGAUAAACGGGCAUAGUCAAUGCUCAUAACCUGCACAUUUACACUGGGAGGAGACCAAGCACAGACGAGAAACCCAUGCAGAUGUAGGGAGAAUGUGCAAACUCCACAUAGUCAUCCAAGGCUAGAAUUGCACCUGGCUCCCUGGUGCUGUGAGACAGUGGUGCUAAACACUGAGCCUCUGUAUUGCCCUAUAAAGCUCAGCUUAUGUGAACUUUAAAGGCACAAAUGUCUUGUAUUAUUUCUCUCAGAGUUGGGGAAUCUUCAGUUGUAUCUCAUAACUGUCUAUCUGGAUAAUUAAGGAUGAGCAAUAAAAGUUGGCCUAGUCAAUGACGCUGCCAAGGACAUGGAGAAAACUGGAGUUAAGGCCAUAAAUCAGUUCAGCCAUGAACUUACAAAUAGUGGUAUAGGAUCAAUGAGCUAAAUUUUGUAGCAUGCUCUAUUUUCCUAAUCAGCCUGCUCAGAGAUGUUAUUACAUAGCUCUGGAGCAGAUGAGACCCCAAGCCUCCUAGCUCAGAGGCAGGAACAUUAUCACUAUACCACAAGAACCCUGUUAUUUUGUUAGAUUUUUGUCAACCAAAGAUAUUGAGAAAUCAUAGAUUCCCUACAAUGUGGAAACAGGCCAUUUGGCCCAACAAGUCCACACUGCUCCUCUGAAGAGCAUCCCACCACAACGCAUUCCCCUACCCUUGAAUUUCCCCAUGUCUAACCCACCUAACCUAAACAUCCCUGGACAAUACGGGCAAUUUAGCAUGGCCAAUCGACCCAACCUGCACAUCUUUGGACUGAGGGAGGAAACCAGAGUACCCAGAGGAAACCCAUGCAGACAGGGGGAGAAUGUGCAAACUCCAUAGAUAGUCGCCUAAGGGUGGAAUCAAACCUGGGUCCCUGACACUGUGAGGCAGCAGUGCUAACCACUGAGCUACUGUGCCACAUAUGAAGUAAAAGUGGGUAUACUGAGCGCAUCAUUGACGAGGCUAUGAUCUAACUGAAUGGGAGAACAGAUUCAAGAGGCAGCCUUAUGUUCCUAUAUUCCAAAGAAAUGUGUUUCUUUCAUUAUGAUUCAUGUUCUGUGGAAUAGAUUGGUCUACAAUAAGAAAGGUCAGAAACCGUGUCCGUCAUAUUCAAGUGUUGUUGCAAUUUGUUACUAUUGCUAAUUAAUCAUCUGGCUUUGCUGAUUUGAGGCAAGUUUAAGGGAUAUGCCACUAAUAAAUUGGUUAUCUGGAAGACCUGUACACAGCUAACUUUGCAUAGCUCUGCUGCAUGCAGUAAAGAUGUGACGUGGAAUUAAACUAGGGGACUUUUAAGAGCUGGAAGGGCAAAGAUUACAUACCCUGCUUUUCAAAUGAAAUUAUUUGUUUUCAUUGUCCACUGAAACUGUAAGUUAAUGUCAUAUUAACUGAUAAAAUAAAUACCAAAGCCAGGAAACAUUUCAGGAAAUGUGAAAAGUUUGCUAUCGUAGAAUGUUAUUUGGAUUGGAAACCAGCCUUACAGCGGGGAAGAGGAACUUGAUGAAAUUACAAUCAUGAGUGAAAUGGUACUAAACAAAUGGACAAGGAGGCUCAGGUUCAGAAAGAUUCCAUCCAAGGGGAUCUUUAAUUGAUAAUGAAGUAGUAAAUGAGUUGGUGUCAUAUUCCAAAGUUCCCUAGAUUCAGGAAAGGUUUCAUCAGACUGGAAAGUAGAAUACACUUAUCAACUUGGGUGCUAGCUGUGGGAAAUAUAGGUGCGGAUCCCAAGAUCUCCUUGUUCUUCCACACUGCCAUUAACCCUGAAUUCUGCAUACAAAUUCGACCUUCCAAAAUGAAUCACCACAAAUUUCUGGGCUGAAUUCUAUCUGCCACUUCUUUGCCCAGUUCUGCAUCCUGUCAAUGUCCCAUUGUAACCUACAAGAGGCCUCCACACUAUCCACAACUCCACCAAUUUUUGUGUCGUCAGCAAACUUACCCACCCUCCCACUUUCUUAUCCAAGUCAUUUAUAAAGAUCACAAAGAACAGGGUCCCAGAACAGAUCCCUGUAGAACACCACUGGUCACCGAGCUCGAGGCUGAAUGCUUUCCGUCUAUUACCAGCCUCUAUCUUCUAUUGGACAGCAAUUCUGUUACCAGAUAGCCAAAUUUCCCUGGAACCCAUGACUACCAUGGGGAACCUUAUCAAAUACCUUGCUAAACUCCAUAUAUACCACAUCCACUGCUCUACCUUUAUCAAUGUAUUUUGUCACAUCCUCAAAGUAUUCAAUAAGGCUUGUGAGACAUGACCUGUCCCUCACAAAGCCAUGCUGACUAUAUGUCUAAUCAAACUGUGCUUUUCCAAAUAAUCAUAAAUUCUAUCUCUCAGAAUCCUCUCCAAUAAUUUGCCCCCCACAGAAGUAAGACUGACUGGUCUGUAAUUCCCAAGAUUAUUCCUAUUCCCUUUCUUGAACAAGGUAAUGAUAUUUACCAUCCCCCCAAUGUUCUGAUACUACUCCAGUGGACAGUGAAGACACAAAGUUCAUUGCCAAAGGUGCAGCAAUCUCUUCCCUCACGUCCCGUAGCAACCGUGGGUUGAUCACAUAUGGCCCAGGGGCCUGAUCUAUUCUCAUGUUUCUGAAAUUCUCAGCAUAUCCUCCCUGCUAACAUCAACCUGUUCGAGCAUAUCAGCCUGUUUCACGCUGUCCUCACAAACUACAAGCUCCCUCUCACCAGUGAAUACUGAAGGAAAGUAUUCAUUCAGGACUUCCCCUUCCUCGCCCAACUCCACACACAAGUUCUCUCCACUGUCCCUGAUCAGCCCUACUCUCAUUUUGCCAUCCCCUUGUUCCUUAUAUAAGUAUAGAACACUUUAGGGUUUUCCUUACUCCUACCUGCCAAGGUUUUUUCAUGCUCCCUUCUAGCUAUCCUAAGUGCAUUCUUCAGUUCCUUCCUGGCUACCUUAUAACCCUCUACAGCCCUGACCGGUCCUUAUUUCUUCAACAUUAAGAAAACUUCCUUUUUCCUCUUGAAUAGAUGCUCCACGUCUUGUCAUACAAAAUUCCUUCACCUUGCCAUCCCUUCCGUGCCUCAGUGGGACAAACCUAUCCAGCACUCGUAGCAAGUGCUCCCUAAACAUUUCCACAUUUCUGUUGUGCAUUUCCCUGAGAAUAUCUUACCCCAAUUUAUGCUCCACAGUUCUUGCCCAAUAGCAUUGUAAUUCCCCCGGCCCCAAUUAAAUACUUUCCCAUACCAUCUGCCCCUAACCCUCUCCAUGACUAUAGUAAAGAUUAGGCAGUUGGCCAGUUCGAUGUGGAAAGGAUGUUCCUCUUGUGGGUCAGAGUCGAGCUAUGAAGCACUUUCUUUUCAGGGCAGAAAUGGAAAUUGUUUUCUUUCAAAGGGCUGUGCAACUUUGGAACGCUGCCUCAGAAGACAGUGGAGGGAGCUUCACUGAAUAUAUUUCAGACAGAGGAAGAUGUAUUCUUGGGCAGAGGAACCAUGAAUUAUCAGCAGAAGAUGGUAAUUUGGAACACAAACAGAUCAACCAUGAUCUUAUUGAAUUAAGGAGCAGUCUCGAGGGGCUGAAUAGUCUACUUCAGCUCCUAUUACACUUAUUUGUAAGCCAUGUAGACAAUUCUUUUUCAAAGUGUCAGUCUCUUAUUUCAAUGUGUAUUAACAAACUUACCAUAUCAGCAAAAUACUUUUUUAAAAAUUUUGCUGACAACUAGGUUCCUGUACAAGACACAUAUCCAGACUGAACUAGUAGACAGAUCUCUUGAUGGUGCACAUUACCCAUGCAACCACUGGUUUGGGUAUGACAAAACACACAGCAGAAGCUUAAAAAUUGACUGUAUUCUCACCAUCACUCCUACAGUGAUAUAAGCAUUAUUGUCAGUUUAUCAGAAGAGUUUCACACUUCUAAAUGCACAUCAUGUUACACCAGCACAUUCAACAUUUACAUCAAUGAGAUAGGCAUCGACUGUCAAUAUAUAUCAUCAAAAAUGCAAAAUCAAAGACUACUUUGUGAAGUUGGCUCCAAAAAGUCUUCUGUGCCUUAACCUAUUAUAGCGGAUUCCACUCUUGCCAAAAGCUCUAGUAUGCAUUGAUCUCACUUGGCGGAUAUUUAGGACUUCCACAAGUUAUGUUUAUGGAUGUUGCCGUUCAGGUGGAAUAAGUGUUGAUAAGUUUCAAGUCUCAGGAGUAUGCUGACUACGACUACAAAGGUUGGGUUUUCCAGCUAUUAGUGCAAACUGAAAAAGUCGCUAGGUCAUUCCCUGCACCUAGUCUAAUCCUUUUUGUUGUUAACCAUAAUACUGGAUGUACAAACUGAAACUUGAACCGUAAGAAAGCAUGGCACUUUAUCAGUAAUUCUGUUGGGACCAAUCAUGAGACGGGAGAAACAAAAAUAAACACUUCUAUAAGUACUUUGUUAUUUUAUAGUAAGUCUUAAGUUACGUGUGCAUUGAAAGUGCAUUCAACAGGUUUUAAACAGAAAGAGGUUAUAUUUCUUAAGAAUUUGAAAAUGUAACAUUUGUAUUAAAAGUUACAAAAGAACAUAGUGCAAUGUCGAUACAAAUGUCUAGACUUAUUAAAUGUAAACUGGACUUUUGCACGUUAAAAUACUUUAAAACUAACAGGUGCUUUGAUGUUGUCUACAGAAAGUAUUGACGUAAAAAUGCACAAAAACUAUGCAGUGUCAUUGUGUGAGCUGCAGGUUGUGGCUGGUUUUUAGUCCAGAUUACAGUAGCUAUAACAUGCUGAGUCCAGAGUUCCAGAUAAGAGUGUUGAUUCUGCGAGGUUCAUGAUCAUACUUACCUAAAAUAGUCAGUCGGUGAUUUAUUACAACUUUCUGAUUUGCAUUGAGAAGCAGCAGUUUGAAUAUGGUACAUUAAUUAAUUAGGAAGGGAAAUAUACAUCCUGUGACAGUUGAGGAUGCUUUUCUGAUCUCAGAGCUUUUCUGUAGAAUGGGAGAGGAGAGGCGGCAUGCUCCCACAUCCCAGUGGUCCUCCAGCUUUCUGUGGUGGUCUCUGAUAAAUCUUGGAUGGUCUCGGUAACAAUAGUCUUUGCUCCUCCCUCAGGCUGAUGGAGGGGAAAUCCUAGUAUUCUCGCAGGGAAGUGGUUGGCUCAUCUCCCUGGAUUUUCUUGCUCCUUCCUCCCUUCCCAACCUGUUAAUAUGUCUUAUUUUGGGGCUGGCCAUCAAUAGUAUUUCAUUCUCCUGUAUAACCCAUCUUAGCCAAAGGCCAUGGGACAAGUUCUCAUUUGUCAAAUGAUUGUUGUCCUUUUGCCCACUUCUACCUGAGGGUUAGUUUUCAUUCUUUCUGGGACCAAAAACCUUAUUUCUGGUAUACUAUGUUGACAAUGGGAUUGAAUGACACCUGAUAAAUCUCUGAUAUGAGUCAGAACCUUGAUUAUUCUUAUGACCUCUUCUGUUAGGAUUUGUAUACAUUUUCAGAAGGCUGGUUACUGAGAGGGCACAGUUAGAUGAGGUCUCAUGCCAUGCAGAAAAUAGCAAAUAAUGCAAUGCUGAGUUCACAGAGUUUUAAGGAAACUCCCCCCCCACCCCUGACAAUUCUCAACAAAGGCUUUUGAGACAAAAUAUUAUUCAGCUAUGCUAGGUCAAUAGGUACACUAUGCCAACUUUUACAUUUCCGUUCAUUCCCACCUAAUCUUACAGGUCUGCUUCACUGCAAUAUAGUUCUCCCAGUGUUUAGUAGUGACAGGAAACUUGUGUAAAAUUUUAAUACUGUAUUAAUAACAACAAGAAGUUUCAAGCAUGUUCUGUCUGCUUUCCAUAAUGGCCUCAAUAGUUUGUAUUUGCUUUACUAUUAUUCCCCUCAAUAACUUUGUAAAUAACUGGAAGAGUAUAAACUAUUUGAGUUUUGACAAUGCCAUCAUUGUAUUAAUUAUAGAAUUUGUUCUGUAUGGAUUACACAGUAAGAAUGCAUCUGUUUGCUUUGAUCUGUACAUGAAUAAAUUCUUGACUAUUGUACAAAUAAUAGAUAGAUAUUUGUUUAAAGUUUCUUCAAAUGUAAUGAGAAAUCUUAGUUGCUAACAAUGUGCUAUGCGCAUAAAUCAAUAAAGUUUUCUUGAAUUUU